AUGUACGGUGCUUGGGAAAUGCGGAAGAACAUAAGCGCCUUUGCCUUUGAAAAAAGAAGACACAGAUGGGCGUACCUCGUCAAGGGAAAGCGCAUGUCGGAAGGUCUUGAUCCCCUGGUUUGCAUUGGUAAAUGGAAGAGUGCGGCCGGCGAGGACGCUGAGCAUCUGUUUGUGAUUGACAGACAAGCUAGUCACCACGUUGUUCCAUCUAUAGUGCGGCCGGCCAAUCUCAUGAAAGUUCUAACGUCGGAUGCCAAUGCCCUCCAAGACCCAACCCCAGUCGAGGCUCAUGUGAGAUGUGAAGUAGCACAGCACAAACUCCGGCAUGAAAAAAUGAACACUAAACGCAAGUUGACGAAAGAGCAACGUCAUGAAAAGCUUGAGGCGAAGAAGGCAGACGAAGAGAAGAAGGGUAUCUAA